AUGGCUACUCCGUUUGUCAUCAAUGCUAGGACCGCGGUUGCCGCUACGGCGACAUCUACUGCUACAUCUCGCGUAUAUUUCCAGGAUACUGAGAACGGCAUCCGUGAAGUCACUUAUGACAAUGGAAAUUGGACCGUAUCCAACGAUGUGUUAUUCUCUGCCAAGCGUUCCACUCCACUUGCUGUUAUCAGUUGGGAUGAGGGAAAACAGGUUCGGAUCUACUGUGUUUCUUCUGAGGGUUUGCUUCAAGAGUGGUGCGGUGUCAACGGGCACUGGGGUCCAGGUUACCUCACAGAUUUGGGGGUGCGCGUGGCAUCAAACACUUCUAUCGCUGCUACAAACUGGGAUGGAACGUCUAUUCGGGUCUAUUGCCAAGAGGAGAGCUCAAAUGCUAUUCAAGAAUACUGCGUCGGCCAUCCCUGGAAGAGAGGUGCUACCCUCCCAAUAGCUGACUCAGGAUCCAACCUCGCGGCCUUGUCAUUUAAGGACGGCGGCAAAGUCCAUUUGAGAGUUUACUACCAAGCUCCAGAUCUUAGUCUAAGGGAGCACUGUUAUUAUGGCGGCUGGUCUGAAGGCGGCUUUAGCCCUGGAGUUGCGAUCAAGAGUUCUGCGAUUGCUGCCACUUCGUGGGGUGAAGCUGUAGAUGGCGUGCAGCUCCGUGUGUUCUGGCAGGACAAUCAUGGGCUGCUGAGAGGCUAUAGGUGGUCUAGGGGGUGGGAGUCUGCAGGAUCUUUAAAUCCCAUGCCAGUUGGUACACAGAUUUCUGCGACCAACUGGGAUAAUGGAAGCAGUGUUAGAGUGUACUACCAGGCGAAUGAUGGUACCAUCUCGGAAGAGGUCACUCAUAGCUUGACAACCACUAUUAUUCAAGUCUAG